AUGAGCGACAUCGAGCUGUCUCUGCGAGGGACGAUGGUUUCUCGAGCGCCGGAUGAUCGCGCGGAGGAGCUGAGACGCGCGAUCGCGGCGUGUCGAGCCCGUGGGUUGAUGCGCGCGACGGCGUGGGCGUGCGAGCAGCUGUGUGGGAUGGAGGAGGUCGGAGAUGGGACGUCGACGCCGCGGGCCGCGGGACGGCGCGCGCGCGCGGACGAAGACGGUAUGGACGUGGCGACGACGCCGAGCGCGUCGGUGAUCGAGAUCGGGGAGGAUGAUGAUGUGUAUCUGUUGGCAAAGUCGUACUUCGAUCUGGGGGAGUACCGUCGGUGCGCGCACGCGCUGCGGAACGCGACAGCGCCGCUGCCGGCGUUUUUGAGAGAAUACGCGACGUUUUUAGCGGGAGAGAAGAGUAAGGGGCAAUCGUGCGCUUUCGGAGGGGCGAACGUAGACGGUGGAGGCGAUGGGGUCGAUUCGACGCAGACGCCGUCGAUCGGGGCUCGUAAGAUUGGACCGGAUCCGAGCGCGGGGACGAACGUCGAGCUCGAGUCGCUCAACGAGUGGCUUCAGGCACAAGACGCCUCAGGCUCCAAGGAUGGGUUCCUGACCUUCCUUCACGGCAUUGUGUGUCGAGAGAGCGGCCAGCACGGUCACGCCAAGGCUCUGCUCGCGGAGGCGUGUCGAAAAUAUCCACUGAAUUGGAGCGCGUGGCAGGCGCUGAUUCCGCUGCUGACGAGCGAGGGAGAGGAGCAAGCCCUUGACCUUCCUCGCGAGCACUGGGUCUAUCGCUGGUUCAUCGGCGUCUUUCAGCUCGAGAUGCAGAAGAAUAAGGAGAGUUUGGAAACAUUUGUCGCCAUGGGAAGAGAGUUUCCUCAAAGUAAAUUGCUGCUGGGGCACAUGGCGGAGGCGCACUACAACUUGCGCGAAUUCGAUGAGGCGCAGGAAAUUUACAAGGACAUUCGAGACAUCGACCCGUAUCGUAUCGAUGGGAUGGAUAACUACUCCAACGUGCUGUACGUGAAAGACUCUUUCGCGGAGUUGUCGCAUCUCGCGCAUCAUAUGGUGGGUACGGAUAAGUACACACCGGAGACGUGCUGCGUCAUCGGCAACUACUAUUCGCUCAAGUCAAUGCACGCCAAGGCAGUGGUGUACUUCAAACGCGCACUGAAACUUAACCCGCGAUAUCUCAGUGCGUGGACGCUCAUGGGCCACGAGUAUGUGGAGAUGAAGAAUCCGGCAGCGGCGAUCGACGCGUACAGGCACGCGGUGGACAUCAAUCCCCGAGACUAUCGAGCGUGGUACGGCCUCGGGCAGACGUAUGAAAUCUUACAAAUGCCCUACUAUGCGCUGUACUACUACCAGCAGGCGGUGAAGCUUCGACCGAGCGAUCCAAGAAUGUGGUGUGCCAUGGGACAGUGCUACGAGUCCGACCAGCUCAGGAUGUUUACGUCGGCCAUUCGAUGCUACCAACGCGCCGUCGCAAACGACGAGCGUGAGGGCAUUGCUCUGUCCAAACUCGCCACCCUUCACCGUGAAAAGAACGAAAAGGCCGCGGCACACUAUUAUCUCCUCAAUCUCAAGCGAUUGGAUGAAGAAAGUUCAGGGUCCGUGGACAGUAAUGAGAAGAUUGACGCCCUGGAAUUCUUGGCGCAGUUCUACAAGAAGGAGGGUCGGUACGAUGAAGCCGAGCAGGCGUGCGUCCGCUUAUUGGAUGCUCCGGGUGCGGCAAAACACGCUGCCAAGGCGCUUUUGCGAGAAAUUCAUUCUCAGCGGUUCUAG